UUUGAAUUGAAUCCCUUCUGCUGCAAUGGCCGAUGAUAGUGCGGUGGUUGGGCAGCUUAACGCGGCCAAGCGACCACGUCUCGCAGCCGGCUCGAAGUCGACGAAACCCAUCGAGACGCAGCUGGCCAAAGCCUCGAAUCGGGUGCCCAAGUGCGCCCGCUGCCGCAACCAUGGCAUCAUCUCGGAACUACGCGGCCACAAAAAGCUCUGCACCUACAAGAGCUGCAAGUGUGCCAAGUGUGUCCUGAUCUUCGAGCGACAGCGCAUUAUGGCAGCACAGGUUGCCCUCAAGCGCCAGCAGGCGGUGGAGGAUGCCAUCGCGCUGCGCCUGGUGGCGAACAAGACGGGCCGCAAAAUCGAUGCUCUGCCGCCGGGCAGCAUCUUUGGCCUGACCGUAACGCAGCCCAAGGACCAGGCAGCAGCAGCACACAGUCCACAGGAGGCAGCGGAGCAGCCGCAGCAGCAGCAGCCGACGUCAGUUGUUGCGGAGCCCGAAACCUUGGCUGUGGCCCAGGAUCUGAGUGCACCGCGUCGCGAGAUUGUCUCCCAAACGGCAAUUGAUAUGCUGGCGCAGCUAUUCCCACAGCGCAAGCGCUCCGUGCUGGAGCUGGUGCUCAAGCGCUGCGACCUGGACUUGAUACGCGCCAUUGAGAACGUCUCGCCGCCGGCGGAGCAGACGCUCGCGGAGCAGCUGCCGCCGCCGUUGCCGCAGCCCCCGUCGCUGCCCUUGCCGCAAGCACUGCAGCUGGCCAUGCCGCCGCGCAGCAGCGCCUUCAGGCCAGUCAUAGCCGAACAGUAUGCGGCAAAGGCCUCGUCGACGGCAGCCGCCGCCAUUUGCGCGUAUCCCAAGUGGUUUGUGCCGCUCUCCUUUCCCGUCACCAUGGGCCACCUGUCCAAUUUGGCGCCGCGCUGCAAUCUGCCCAACUGCAGCUGCCUGGAGAGCUAUCAGUUCCAUUAACCACAACAACAAAGCAGAAACUAUGCAAAAAUUAA